AUGUCUUCAUUUCAAAAAUUACUUAAUCGUUUUCUUGGUCAAGUUGAAGCAUCAUAUGAACCAAAUUUAGAUUCCAAAGAUUCUAAUACUCGUCGUAAUCUAACAGCAUUACAACGUAGUCAAUCAUUAUCAAAAGUAAUUAAUAAUCGUCGGCAACGUUCAUUAGAUGCAUUUAAAAAUGCAUCUUGUUUAUCAUGUGGUAUUAGUAAAGAUGAUCGACAAGUAUCAAUAAAUGAUAUUGAUACACUUGCACCAAUAUCAUCAAAUCAUGAAUAUAAUUUUGAAACAAAAUCUUCAGUUAAUCAAAAUAAUGAAAAUACACUUUCACAACAAGUUCGACAAAAACGACGGGCAAAAACAAAAUUGGUUAUUAUUCGUCAUGGUGAACGUGUUGAUACACUAUUUGGUGAUACUUGGUUUCAUCAAGCAUUUGAUGCAGCAGGAAAUUAUCGACGUUUUCAUACGAAUUUACCAAUGUCAUUACCAUAUAGACAAAAUUUUCAAGAUUAUAUAUAUGAUCCACCAUUAACUGAACUUGCUCUUAUACGAUCAUAUCGAACAGGUGAAGCUCUUUUACGAACAGGUCUUCGUAUUGAUUAUUGUUAUUCAUCUCCAUCAUUACGUUGUAUUCAAACAGCUGAUUCUAUUCUAGAUGGAAUGAAAUUACGUACAUUAGUACCAAUACGUAUUGAAUUAGGUCUAUUUGAAUGUGCAACAUGGUAUAAAAAUGUUAUACCACAUUUUAUGUCAAUAAAUGAACUUGUUCUUAAUCGUUUAAAUAUUGAAACAUCUUAUAAUAGUGUACAAAAAUCUUUAUCAACAGAUGAAAAUGAAUAUGAUUAUUAUCAACGAUCACAUUUAGUAAUGCGUCAAAUCUUAUCAAAACAUGAUACAAAUGAUAUAACUAUAUUAUUUAUUGGUCAUGCACCAUCAUUGGAAACUUUAACAAGACAAUUAAUAGGUGCACAACCAAGACCUAAUGAAUUAGUAGAAAUAGCACAAAAAAUCAAUUAUCUUUCAUUAACAAUACUUGAAGGACAAAGAAAUUCAUGGACAUUUGUAGAUGCUAUUCUUGCUAAACAAUCGUGA